AUGGCAACGCUUGCUAUCCAUAGACUGCGCCAGACUUUUGUUUUACUUUUAAAACCGCAAGGAAAAGUUAAUUACGUUCCUUAUUUCAUUAGAUUUUCGAGGAGAUUCUUUCCUUCAUGUUAUUUGUUCCGUAAAAUUAAAUUGAACAACCUUAAUAGCAGUAAUCACUGCAACAUGUUUACAAUGUUAACAGACUUGACAGAGUUAACUGCUCAGCAUGAUGUUAGUUUGUAUAAAAUAACAAAAUGGAAAGCAAACCACAGUAAAGUGUUUCGUGUUCAUGCAGCAUUUGACUUCUCGUUUUGCAUAAAAAUGCUUUUGAGAUCAUCAGGUGGUUUUAAUAUUAAAUAUGCUGGAAAUGCCAUCAUCACCGACUCCAAUGAUGAUGAAAGAACAUCAGAAGAGAAGAAUAAAAGCAGCAGAGAUAAUAUCAGAAUAAAGAUUGAAAAUUAUAAAAGAAGGCAAUGA